AUGGAGAUUGGGAUUAUAAAAGCAGACUCCAGGAAUUUACCGGAAGUUAGUGUUGACAUGGUUAUGAAUGUUUUUGUUGAAAGUGCAGAGUUUUCAAGUGUAGAAAUGAAAGGGAUUAAAAUGUUACGUUCAACAAGUCAAUUUUGUGGCGACAGCGCUAUCGGUUAUGUCCAAAUCAAAACAGAUGGAGAUGACGUC